ACCUGGAUGGGCAACACUCACUUCACCAAUGCCCCCUCUGUGUAAAGUACGAGGCUGGGUACUGGGGACAUGGUGUUAUAGCUUAUACACACACACGUACAAAAAAAAUUUACACACUCCUAGCUGAAAAAAACAAAACUCCAAACUUCAACAAGCUCAUUGAAAACAAAAUUUUAAAACUCCACUUCGUGCACACUUAUAGUCAGUCACAACAGAGAUGUUACAGGAUCACUCGGUCACAGUGUCAGCCAGACACCCUCGUCGCCACCAUGUUAACCAUGGUCACACAGUAGGCUCCGCCCCCACUGACAGUCUCACCAGCCCAAUCAGAUACCAGUCACGCCAUCCCAGGGCCCCGUCACACGCACUCUAGCCCUCGCUCUCACGCACGCACAGGCGCGAACUAACACUCAACAACGACGCCGUCACAAACAGUAGCACCCGCAAGUAUGGUCGUCCGCGGCUCACGCAUACACAAGCUCCUGGCUCCACAAGCCCCAUCCACGCUCUGCGAGCUUGAGGCCUCCUCACCGCCAGCCCCUCCCGCAGCUUAACCUGAGUCACCUCAACUCACCAGGCAUAACUCAAUAACGACCACGACACCGGAAGGGGAACCAAAGGUCGAAGUUCAUUGGCGGCUCUGGGGCCUGUGGGAAACGUAGUCCAACACCGAAAAAGGUCCAGACUUGAGAGCGGAGCGUGGAGCCCACCAGCUGCAGAGACACCCCCCCCCCCUCGCCCUGAGACUCCCGGGAAUUCCAGGGCGCAAUGAUCUUUGCCUUUGGUGGAGGGGUUGCAGCUGGUUGUCCUUCCAGACGCCGAAGAGCCGGGUGAUGGUCCUCUGAGAGCGAGGACUCUUCCCUUUUCCAAAAGAAGAGCUCAUAAGAGAAGUUUCAUCUCUUGCAAAUAUCAAAGCCAUGCCUCAGGAUGAACUAGACUAUGCCCUUACAGGGAUCAGUGUCAUUCAAGGAUGUGACUGUGGACUUCACCCAGGAGGAGUGGCAGCAACUGGAUCCUGCUCAGAAGGCCCUCUACAGGGAUGUCAUGUUGGAAAACUACUGUCACCUCAUCUCUGUAGGAUUUCACAUGACUAAGCCUGAUAUGAUCCACAAGUUGGAACAAGGAAAAGAACUAUGGACAACAGAGAAAAUUUUUCCAAGUCAGAGUUACCUCGAAGAAGAUUGGAAAGCUGAAGAUGUUUUAGUGAAGUUCAAAGAAUACCAAGACAGGCAUUCUAGAUCAGUUGUAUCCAUCAACCACAAAAGGCUAAUGAAGGAGAGAACUAAUAUUUUGGGGAAAACAUUUACUGUCAGCAAGAACCGUAUUAUUUCAAAAACAACACUACAUGAAUAUAAACCUGAUGGAAAGAUUUUUAAAAAUAUUUCAGAAUUAGUCAUUAGAAAUAUAAGUCCUGUAAGAGAGAAGUUUGGUGAGAGUAAUGGAUGGGAGAAAUCACUCCUUAAUACUAAACAUGAGAAAAUUCAUACUGCAGUGAAUCUCUAUAAACAAACAGAGCGGAGUCUGAGUGGUAAACAAGAGCUUAUUCAACAUCAGAAGGUUCAAACUCCAGAGCAGUCAUUUGAACAUAAUGAAUGUGAAAAACCCUUCCUUAUGAAAGGAAUGUUAUUUACACAUACUAGAGCUCACAGAGGAGAAAGACCCUUUGAAUACAAUAAAGAUGGAACAGGCUUCAUCGAAAAGUCAAAUCUCAAUGUUCACCAACAAAAUAUUAUGGAGAAGAAGGCCCACGCAUACAGCAAAUAUGGGAAGUUCCUCUGUAGGAAGUCCAUUUUUAUCAUGCAUCAGAGAUCUCAAACAGAAGAGAAACCCUUUCAGUGUCCUUACUGUGGGAAUAGCUUUAGAAGGAAGUCAUAUCUCAUUGAACAUCAGCGAAUUCACACAGGUGAGAAACCUUAUGUUUGUAGUCAAUGUGGAAAAGCCUUCCGUCAAAAGACAGCCCUCACUCUUCACGAGAAAACACAUAUAGAGGGGAAACCCUACAUUUGUAUGGAUUGUGGGAAGUCCUUCCGCCAGAAGGCAACCCUUACUAGACAUCACAAAACACACACAGGAGAGAAGGCCUAUGAAUGUACUCAAUGUGGAAGUGCUUUUAGAAAGAAGUCAUACCUCAUUGAUCAUCAGAGAACACACACAGGAGAGAAACCAUAUCAAUGUAAUGAAUGUGGGAAGGCAUUUAUCCAGAAGACAACCCUCACUGUACAUCAGAGAACUCACACAGGAGAGAAACCCUAUAUUUGCAAUGAAUGUGGGAAGUCCUUCUGCCAAAAGACAACCCUCACUCUCCAUCAAAGAAUUCACACAGGAGAAAAACCUUAUAUUUGUAAUGAAUGUGGGAAGUCCUUCCGCCAGAAGGCAAUCCUCACUGUUCAUCAGAGAAUACAUACAGGAGAGAAAUCCAAUGGAUGUCCUCAGUGUGGGAAAGCCUUUAGUAGGAAAUCAAACCUCAUUCGCCAUCAGAAAACUCACACAGGAGAGAAACCAUAUGAAUGUAAAGAAUGUGGAAAGUUCUUCAGUUGUAAGUCAAACCUCAUUGUCCAUCAGAAAACUCACAAGAUAGAAACCGUGGGAAUUCACUAAAAUCUGUGACUUUUUUGGUGAAAACUUAUAAAGUCAUAGUAAAACCUGUUGCUUGCAAGUAUAAUAAUAUUAAACAGUUUAAGGUACUGUACCACAUAUGUACCUACUAUUUGCUAGCCUAUAAAACACAUAAAAAGAAUUACUGGACAAAUUAAAUGAUAAAAGUCAUUGAAAAUACAAGCUUAAAAUUUUUAUUAGAUUCACCAGACAUAAAUUCCUCUAUCAAGUUGCUACAAACAUUUAAAAUUGCUUAUUUUAAAUUUUAAUAUAUACCUUGUUGUGACCCAGUAAUAAACAGUAGGCUGCCUGGCAGUGGUCCAUGGACCACACUCUGAACAGAACUGCUUUAAAAGAAAGGCAGUGUGACUGUAUUUCUCAUUGCAAAUAUGGUAUAAACCUCUUCAGAGUUAACCACAGUUCUAACUUCUAACAUUAUAGUUUUUGCAUAUUAUAAACCUUUAUAUAAAGUAAAUUAUACAUCAUGUAUUCUUUCAUAUAUGGCUUGUUUCAUCCAUCACUUUGUCUUUAAAACUCAUCAUUAGUGCAUGUGGCAGAAGUUUAUUUAUUUUCAUUCUGUAUAAAAUUCCAUUAUAUGAUUAUAUUUCAAUUUAUCCAAUCUACUGUUGAUGGACUUUUUUUAUUGUUUACAGCUUAGGGUCAUAAUAAAUAAU